AUGCGAAGCCUACUUCUAGCCCUAUUAGUUGCUACUUCCUUCGUAGAUCCUUCCCAAGGACUUUUGCUUCCAAGCCCGAAAAAGGUCUUGGUCAAGAAACAGAUCUGCCGAAAGAAAUUCCUUGCUGGAGUCGCUGGAGCUGCCGUCCUUGGAACUGCCACUGCUGCCGGAGCUGCCGUGGCCGUAAAUGGUCAAUCAAAUGACAACAAGAAAAUCUACGAACCAGCCCCAGGGUCUAUGGAUGGAAAAGUUGUGCUGAUUACUGGUGCCUCGACUGGUUUGGGAUUGGAAUCUGCAAAACGACUGGCCGCGGCUGGAGCGACCAUUGUCUUGACUUCCCGCAACCAAGCCAAGGGAGAAAAGGCAGUCGCAAAUGUUGAAGAAUAUGUUCGCGAGCAGAAAGGAAGUACCCCCAAAGUUUACAGCCUUGUCUUGGACUUGGAUGAUUUGGAGAAUGUCAAGGCAUUUCCCAACGCCUACAAGGCCCUUGGAUUGGGCAAUAUUUCCGUCUUGCUCAAUAAUGCUGGAGUUAUGGCCAUUCCAGAUCGCCAAUUGACCAAGGACGGCUAUGAGCGCACCUUUCAAUCAAAUCACCUGGGACAUUUCGUUUUGACGGCUGGACUUUUUCCAUACUUGUCUCGGGACGGUUCGACAGUUGUCAAUGUCUCGUCGGAGGCCUUCAAUUUCGCCAGCCAAACAACAGAGAGUGGCGGUGGCCGUGGAUUGGACAUGAAAAAUUUGAAUGGCGACAUUGCUUAUGGACCCUGGACUUCUUAUGGUCUCUCCAAGCUGGCAAACAUUCUGUUCACCCAAGAGCUUCAACGAAAGGCCGACGCUUCUGGCAAUGACUGGUUGACAACUGUCUGCUUGCAUCCCGGUGCCGUGAACACCGAUUUGGGUCGUAACAUAAUGGGAGAAGAGAAGUGGAAUGAACUCAAAGAAAGUGGAGGAGCAUCGGCAUCUCCUUUGACCAUGUUUGCCUUGAAGGCACUGUCGAACUUUGUCUUAACCGUCCCAGAGGGCGCAUCGACCCAAGUCUUUCUGGCAUCUGGAGCAGAAGGUGCCAUGACAAAGGGAGCCUUCUACGAAGACCUGAAGGAAAAGAAAAGCUUGCCCGGAUUUGCUCGUGAUACCGCGAAGGCAAAGGCAUUGUGGGAGACAAGUGAAACUUUGGGUGGAGUGAAAUUUGAUCCAGCUUCCAUCAAGGCUGCAGGCGCCGCUGCAGUGAAAAUAGAUUAG